UUUGUAGUGCGGACUGCCCGUGCAUACCAGACUAAGGGGGUUGGCUUUCGUAUCAUCACACCACACGAUGACCAACGUGCUCUCAUUGAACAUGAGUUGGAAGAGCUCCGCCUUAUUUCAGGCAACGAAGCGGAACACACCAUCAUCUCUGCGGCCAGAACGGACAGAUUUGGCUUCCUGGCUAACCACCGACAAACUAAUGUCGUGCUUACCCACUGCAAGGAGACCAUGAUUAUAUGCACGAGUGAACCAUCCAUUUGGGGUCCAGCCGCACCAAUACUUAUCAGACAGCUUGCAAUCGCCUUUGGGCCACAAUCGUGGGUA